AUGGACCGCGGGGAUAUGCCGAUGCCGACGCCACCAAAUUCGACGAUGAGCACGAAUGAUAAUAUGACGAGUAUGCAGAUGAGCUUCUUCUGGGGCAAAGAUGUGGUUGUUCUGUUCAGGGGAUGGCCUGAUAACAACCUCGGCAUGUACAUCUUGGCUCUCUUCUUCGUAUUCUUUCUGGGAUUUGCAGUCGAGGUGUUGUCGGCGUCUCCUCGGGUGCUCAAGACCACCGGAGUCGUUAGCAGCUUAAGUCAGGCGGGUGCUUACGCUAUCCGUAUGGCGCUGGCUUACUUGGUCAUGCUCUCCGUCAUGUCCUUCAACUUGGGGAUCUUUAUAGUGGCGGUGGCUGGUCAUGGAGUUGGACAUUUUCUGGUCAACUUCCGCAAACCUGCUGCCGCUCAGACGAACUCCCUAACACUCGAUCCCAAAGUUUGA